AUGGCCUCAUCUCCACUCAGCAGGCCGCAGACGCCCCCCAACCGCGUCAAGGAAAUUGCCGCCUCCGACGACGACGGUAGCGACAGCAGCUUCUCUGAUAGCUCGCUCGAGGACCUUUCCACCCUUCUCGGGGGUUCUCGCCCGCAUCCCACCACCGCUGCCGCCGCCGCCUCUUCCCGGCCACAGCUUCUCGCCACGCCGUCGCGGGCCAGCAAGCGCGCCGCCCUGCAUCGCUCGCCGCUGGCCGUCAUCCCCAAGCACCGGUUCGACCUCAAGGCGCUCGCCAAGGACGCACGCCGCGACACGGCCCUGCAAGCGAGCGAGCUGCGCGCGAGUGAGCCUGUGCGCGACGGGACAGCGCGGCCGCUACCGUCCACGCCUGCUGCUGCCAGCAUCCCGCAGUCGCACAGCGCGCUAUCGGAUUUCGUCGCCAGUGAGAAGCGAAGCGAUGCGCACAAGGUCCUGCGUACCGUCCAGCGCGCGGAUCCGGGUCAUCAGGAGCUGCGGUACUGCUUCUUCAAACCCCAUCUUGACGGGCCCGCUGCCGCGUCGAGCCCGCCGCCAGCGGCGACACAGGGGCACUGGUCUUUACUGACCAAGGGCAACCAGCGCGUGCGCGAGCAGAACCUCGUGUCAGGCCUCCUGUUCAACGUCGUUGGGAGCCAGGGCGGAAUGCCCGACGACAUCUUUCUCUGGGUACUGGACGAGAUUUGCACCGCCAAGUCGGUCGUGGCCCGCACGGAGCUCUGUAACCUCAUCGUCAUCUGCCCCGAGCAGAUAGCGUCGCUGUUCACGCCAGAUUGUCUAAAAUCAGUAUGGGAGCGACUUGGGGCUCGAGAUUUGUCGAUGGACCGUGGAGAAAUUAGCGUUUCCAAAGUCAGCGAGGAUGUUUACAAAGGUCACGACUGGGCUCCCCUCCUGUCCGUGAUGUUGCUCCUUAAGGACACAUCAUCAAAUCUGCCAGUGGAAACCAGAAAAUAUGCACUACAAAUACUACUUCGAAUGGCCAUGGACAGGCUCAUCAUUUCCAACGUCCAUCUCAACAAUCAGUUCGAAGACGCGUUCAAGGCCAUCAUCGAUACUAUCCCCUCCAAAGAAUGGGACGCCUUUUGCCAUGAUACCUGCGCGCUGCUUCUCGGCAACUUUUCUUCCCAGUGCAUCCGCAUCAACGCUCUCCUCAGCCUCCCCACCAGCUCCCGCCGCGCCCACGACCUGCGCCGCCGUCUCGCUGCCACCUUUCUCUUCCACGACGCCUCGCUCGCCCGGCGUGCCCCCGAAGAGGCCGUCACGCUGCAGGCCAUCAUCGACCGCCUCGCCGCGCCGGCCUUCCAGGUCGGCCCGCGCACCGAAUUUGCCGAGCUGCGCGCCGCCAUCCUCAUUCUCGACAUGGCCGUCGACGACGGCUCCGUACUCGCCUUUGGGCCCGACGACGUCGACGCCGAGGACCGCUUCAACGCGCGCGUUGACGAGCUCGCUGCCCGACUCAACGAUAUUUGGCGCCGCACAAACGACACCGGCAUGAAGCUCGCGCGUACCGAGACCAAGUCGGUCGUCGAGUGGGUGCAGAAGCGCGUCACGCACACGGUGCGCACCCGCCGCAAGCAGGCCAGAAGCAUCUUUGACCUACCCGGACAGGAGAAGCGGAGAGAUUUGCCCAGGCAGCAGGAGUUCAUGAAGAGCUUUUUUCGGAACAAACUGCCGUCGCCAAAGCCAGCGCUGAAGCAGGAAUCGGCGCCUCCGCUGAAGUCACAACCGGAGCUGCAGACAGACCCAGAGGACAUUUUUAUGGAUUGCACCGUAGCCAGAGGUCGAUAG